AUGGUCUCCCGCACGCUCCGCCCGCAGCCGGAGCGGGGCCCUUGCACCCCUCUGUCCCUCCCGCGCCGCCGCCACACCCACCUCCCCCGGGCCGAGGGCUCUGCGGUUCCUCCCCAGCGCUGGGUCGGAGGCCUCUUACUCACCCGCUCCUGCGCGCCGAAGCCCGCGCCCCGCCCCUGUUCCUUUCGGGUGGGGCUCCUGGUAGUGCCGCGGGGCGCCGCGUUGGCGCUGACCGGCCACUGGCUCCUGGGCGCCACUGGUUGCGAGCUGUGGACCUCGGUGGGCGUGCUGUGUGUGACCGCCAGCAUGGAACCCCUGUGCGCCCUGGCGGUGGACCGCUACCUGGCCGUGACCGACCCGCUGCGCUACGGCGCGCUGGUCACCAAACGCCGAACCCGGGCAGCAGUGGUCCCGGUGUGGGUCGUGUCCGCCGCGGUGUCGUUUGCGCCCAUCAUGAGCAAAUGGUGGCACGUCGGGGCCGACGCCGAGGCGCAGCGUUGCCACUCCAAUCCGCGCCGCUGCGCCUUCGCCUCCAACAUGCCCUACGCGCCGCUCUCCUCCUCCGUCUCCUUCUACCUUCCGCUCCCGGUGAUGCUCUUCGUCUACGCGCGAGUUUUCGCGGUGGCUACGCGCCAGCUGCCCUUGCUGCGCCGGGAGCUGGGCUGCUUCCCGCCAGAAGAGUCUCCGCGGGCUCCGUCUUGCUCCCUGUGCCCCGCCCCGUCGGGGCCGUGCGCCUGGCCCGCAGGGGUGUCCUCCUACGGCCGGCGGCCGGCGCGCCUUCUGCCUCUGCGGGAACACCGCGCCCUGCUCCCCUUGGGGCUCAUCAUGGGAACCUUCACUCUCUGCUGGUUGCCCUUCUUUGUAGUCAACGUGCUGCGCGGGGGCCCCUCUCUAGUGCCCGGCCCGGCUUUCCUUGCCCUUAACUGGCUAGGCUGUGCCAACUCUGCCUUCAACCCGCUCAUCCACUGCCGCAGCCCUAACUUUCGCAGCGCCUUCCGCCGCCUGCUGGGCCGCUGCCGGCCCGAGGAGCACCUCGCCGCUGCCUCCCCGCCCCUGCGGCCCUGA